AUGCACUCGACGCUCAUCAACGGCACAUUCGCAAGUGUGCUGAACGUGCAAAGCCUCCGGUCGACGUCCGGCAUCAAAGGCGUCAUCGCGACCGUCAGGACAACCAAAGGGCUUACUGUGAACCUCCCGGGUAAAUAUCUACACGAAAUCCCACACGUCGGCUACCAAAGUGAAAAGCCCUCCCAUCCCAUACUCAAACAGUAGACGGCAAGUUGUGAUGCGGGAUUUUUUGUGUUUGUGAUUGUGUAAGUUAAUAAAUAUAAAUUCUGUCUACUGCAUGCCACCACACAGGGGAGGCAGAGCGUCGGAGGUCUUGGUAGCACCGAGCAGCCUCGCGAGUGAUGCGUUCAUCAACAACAUGGCAUGGAAGUACGUAGGACUGUCAUUGCCAUGCCCAGAAUGAUAUCCUGUGCAAAAGUAUCGCAUUCGUAUAGAUGCAAGUCUUGCAUUACAAAUCCUUUUCUUGCGCGUAAAUCCCCAUUACAAAUUCUAUUUCUCAUGCUGAGGGAACAAUGUGUAAUGCAUUUAUACGAGUGCGAUACUUCUGCAAUUCAUAAAUGACAUGCACAUGACCGAUGACCAGUAUAGUGGACGGAAAGUAGAACGCCGCAUCGCCUUCGCGCAAGACACAGCUGAUUUGUUGCCAAAAUAAAUUCGCAAACGCGUGUUGCGUUUCCUGUUUGAGUAUUACGGGCGAGGAUCUUUAUUCCUCGUGAUACAGGAGAGAUAUUUACUCCGCUACAAGCCUUCCCCUGCAGACCGAAACGCGACAAGACCAGACGACUGACGUGCUUCCCGGGGGCGGUAUUUCGCGCAAGAACCGUCAGGGAGAUGAAGAGUAAAAGAAUAUGGCGUUCUCAAGCGUCACGUUUUCAACUGGUACAUGAUACGCCAUGCAAACCGACCGUCAGAAUCGACACCGUCAAGAAGCUGCUUCGCAUGGCAAAUUCUCGGAGGGCCAAACGCGCCGAGACUCGUCUGCGCCGAACCUGUAAUGCAAGCGGCGCACUCUUCCCCCUUUCACUUUUGCCAGUCUUGCAUCACAAAUUCAUGCACCAGCUGAGAAUGUUGUAACUUUUGAGAAUGCCAUAAAGGGUCCGAAUUGGUUUCGCUACUUACAGCCCGGUGGUUUUCGGGGAGGCGGGCGGCGAUGAGUUAUACGAGCGGGACGGCAUGGGAGUGGAGCUUGAAACGACUCGAAAAGGCAUCGAAGCGGCGCAAAUCUACGUGUUUUCCGGGCAGUCUGCCAAGGCCAUUCGGGUCUUCUCACCGAGAUCCAUGAAGAACGGCGAGCCGAUACAGGAACCGUCCGGCACCAUGCUACUGCGGCCGCAAAAGGAAGAAAAUCCGAAGCGGCUUGCACUCACUCCACUUCCAGCAACAGCAGCGGCGGGCGCCGGGGGCGUCAUCGACGCGUAUUAUGUCGCACUUAACGCGUUCCUGACGGGAUCUUCGAACAGCGCGAGCCUGGCUCUGCGAGUUCGCGACGAGGCGCUUUUGUACGCCGACGCCUUACACCGGUACUCGUGGCCAGUCGCGCGCGACGAAGAUUUUAGGCGGAAAACGCUGGUCCUGCACCCUUUUCAGCGCACUGCAGUCCUGUUUCCCAUGUCACAGCAGAUGGCGCCCCUGUCUUUCGAGAUGGAUGCAAUCGCGAACAGUUUUGAUCUAUGAGAUGUCAUUCCUCCCUUGCCGACUUCCCCAUGUGAAAAAGCAUGAGCAGCAACGCAAGGAGCUGCAAAAAUGUGGCCGACAAAUCUGCACCCGUAUUCUAGUUGAAAGUGAAGUUGAUCUAGUUCCAGAAUUUGAAUUUGUCCUGUGGGGACGCUCCCGAAAAGCAGUAGCGUGGCUUUCGCUGGUCGUGACUUCUUUGUUUGCAUUGCAUUUGCGACGAGGAGAAACGAUGGGUAGGGGUGGCUGUGGAAUCUCAUAUGACGCGAGACAAAUGUUGAAAAUGGACCUCAGCGACGAUUCGGCCUUGAGUUACUCGCUGGCUGUAUUAAAUGCAAAGUUGUCGGGGUGUGGAAGAUUGUAUAGACUUGUCAUGCGCGGGGUUCAUUAGCGUGUUAAUAUGAUGCAGCGCCCCGCCUGAUAUCUCUAUCUCACCACGGCUUGUCAUCAUGUCGCGGCUUUAUUUUCUUUUUCAUGCACGUUCCGCGAGACGUAGCGCAAAGGCAAACUCGUCAUCCUUGGAGGUGCUUCCUGUUCCCCCUGUAGACAGGUUAAUAGUAUACUACAGCCUUCCAGUCCCAGACACAUCUGCAUUCGAUACGCAAGCAUGACCCGGGGGUCACCCGGGUACACAGAUGCGGGCCUGGACAUAGCGACCAUUAUAAACGCAACGACGCGAUUGGCUGAUGGCGUUCUCUCCACAUCUACGGGCGGGCUCAGCGGACGCGGAGGCACGCUCGCAGCGUUUCUGCAAAGCAUGCCGAGAAGCGGGCUGCAGGCUGGGUUUCCUGUGACCGCUACGAUGAUGCAUCACCUGGGAAGUACGUACGCGAAAAAUUUCGGCCAUGUCGUCGCCGAGUCCGGCACGCGCGUGGCAGCUGGCAGCUCGAGAAGUCCAUGGUCGUUCACGGAGCUUGUCGCUGUCCAAAAUGUGUCGGGUGGCUACGGGGCUUCUCGUGGUGAAAUCCCUGCAUCCUUUUUGGAAGUGCGGCGAUUUGGUCUAGCUGCUGACAUUGGCCUGGUCGUGGUUCUGACAGCACUGGCUCUUUUUUCUUUUUGCUGUGCUUGUGGCUCCUUGUUUCGUGCUUUUGACCACCAUGUUGAGCGUGUUCUGGACCGAAGAAGACGCGAAGAAAGAGUCAAUAAGUUCGUAGCGAGACAAGCCGCAUUGAAAGCCACGACGAAAGACCGGGACUGGCGAAACCAUGAAGGACCAUUAGCAGGACCGCAUGCCAUGAUAUUGGAGUUUCUGGAGGGUACUACUACUACCAGUACGACUACUCUAGGUGAGUCCGGUGUGACGAUUUAUGGAAGGAGCGUAUGAGAUUGCACCUUGUCUUUCAUUCUCAAAUCAAACUUGAGUAGCUUGAUUUCGUGCACGUGCACCGCUUAUGCAUGACAAAUUUGCGAAUUCUCCACUUUUUGUACGGUAUCUUACUACUUCUACUUUUAAAGAGCUAUAGACUCGCAGCAACUUGACCAAAAAGGAGAGACCAAAGGAUUGAGAAUCUAAAUCCCGAUAAGAUUCUGACCAAAACUUGGCCAAAAUCUAACGAAAGGGAGGCCAAGCCCAAAAGUGGCGACCUUUGCAAAGUUGCUCAAUCACGAAGCUACGGGUAUUUUACUUAUAUAAAUAUCCUAUAGCACUUCUGAUUUCUGAUGGAUUUUACCAGGAUCGAUAGACAUCCAGCAUCGUCACCAUGGGUUCUUGAUCUACUUACUUCCGUCACACGUUCUCGCAACGAAAAGUAAGCGAAAGGAGGUGGCAGCUGUACGAUCAAAGAAGAUCAUUUCCAUUUGGGCUUUUUUCUCAUGUUCUUUCAGUUUGUUCCGCCUUGUUCGUAGUUUCAGUUCGAGAAAAUAUAAUUUAUUGUUUUGCGACGUAUUCUUGAGUCUUCUGAUUGUGAAGAUUGGUUCGACUCGUCUUUAUUUAGAGCGGGG